CUUAAGCGGAACAGAAUAACUCACAUUCAAGAUGGUUUAUUUGAAUACAUUCAAAGUUUAGUUUUUAUCGAUUUAUCAGAAAAUCCUUUGCAGGUAAUUGAUGAAAAGGCAUUCACUUACUUUUCCGAAAACCCGGCAAAAAUAUAUGAGAUAUUUAUUGAACACACAAAAUUGAUGUGUGACUGUAGGAUGAAAGCAUUCAUUCUCUGGCUACAACAUAGGCCAAAGAACAUUGUAGUGAUACAUGAUAAGUUCUGUGCAGCGCCAAGAACAAAGGACGAAUUAAUGAAAGUAAGAAUAACAUGGGUAGAAUGCCAUAGAGAAUUAUUCAUAAGUGUCUGCGUUACAUCUGGUAUUGCUUUACUUGUUAUGACAGCACUAACAGGAUCAUUGGUGAAAUUCUGUUGGAACCACAUGAAAUACAAACAACUGGUAAAUAGAGCAAGAAGACAAAACGCUGAGCGUCAUAUUGAAGGAAGCGAAGACGAUAAUGAACGCUGUGAUGCAUUUAUCACUUACCAUCCAGAAAAGAGAAUUUGGGUUGAUGGUGUCAUGACAGAUGAACUGAUAAAGGGAGAUAUCGAGUUCACAUUAAUGUUGCAUGUGACUAGUAUUGAUUGUUCCAAUACCAGUGGAGAGUCAAACUCUGAUGAGAUUUCUGCACGCAUGGCACAAUGCUACAAUUUUGUCUUUUUGGUGUCACGAGGUUGGAUAAAAGAGGGCGUGAAUGAGUUUGAGAUGGAAGCUGCAAUAGAUUUGUUGAAACAAAGCAAGAGGCAUACACUAAUUGUGAUAAUGAUGGAGAACAUACCACAGAAGGAUAUGUCAGAGACUCUGAAACUGAUGGUGACAAACAAUUUCUGUUUGAAGUGGAGUGAGAAUGAGAGAGAACAAAGAAAGUUUUGGAGAGAUCUCAAACUGGAACUUGGUAAGAAAAAAAUCAAACUAAAUUAGCUGAACUCCUUAUAUGAUAGGAUUCAUCCAUAUACAAUUUAUGAUUUGUACAUUAUAGCAGCUGGCGUGAUAAGUAAUGUAAUAUCAACAAAUCACAUUUGGUU